AUGGACAAUUUAAAUAUACAGCAGGAGACGGAGACGGAGCUCGAUGAGAAAUACCCCAAUCGCCCACAUAACAAGCACCCAACCCUACCAUUUCAUGAACUGUUUACUAGUCUUUUCAAUCCCCUAAAUGAAAACAAGAAAAAGCCAACAGGUUCCACUGUAAUGUGUCGAAAAUUAGGGCCUAGGAGCAAUACUGGCAUGAAAAAUCUUUCACCCCAAGAGUUGCGACGUGAUAUUAUUCAGCGCUUUAUUUCAAGGUGGAGAAAUGAAGUUGGAGAUGACAUCUAUCCCGCCUUUCGUUUAAUCAUCCCCGAGAAAGACCGGGAUCGUGCAAUGUAUGGCCUUAAGGAGAAAACCAUCGGAAAAUUGUUUGUUAAGAUUAUGAAAAUUGAUAAAAAUUCCGAAGAUGGUUUUAGUUUACUGAAUUGGAAAUUGCCCAGCCAAAGUAUGGCUAGUCGAAUGGCUGGAGAUUUUGCUGGCCGUUGCUAUGAGGUAAUCUCGAAGCGACCUAUGAAAUCAGAUGUGGGCACUAUGACGAUUCAAGAUGUCAAUGACAAACUUGACAGGCUGGCUGCGGCAAGCAAAGAAGAUGAACAGUUUCUCGUUUUAGAAGAAUUUUAUCGAAAAAUGAAUCCCGAAGAGUUGAUGUGGCUUGUCAGGAUCAUUCUCCUCCAAAUGAAAGUCGGUGCUACGGAGCGCACUUUUUUCGAAAUUUGGCAUCCAGAUGCCGAGAGCCUGUACAGCAUAUCGAGUAGUCUUCGGCGCGUUUGCUGGGAGCUACAUGAUCCAAAUGUUCGGCUUGAAGCCAACGAAGCGACCGUAACUCUUAUGCAAUGCUUUCAGCCCCAGCUAGCUCAAUUUCAAAUGCACUCAUUCCAGCGAAUGAUUGACAAAAUGAGGUUAUCUCCCGAAGAUCCCACCUUUUGGAUUGAAGAGAAGCUAGAUGGAGAGAGAAUGCAGCUGCAUAUGGCUUCGGAUGAAUCAAUACCUGGUGGUAAACGAUUCAGAUUUUGGUCUCGCAAAGCUAAGGAUUAUACCUAUCUCUAUGGAAAUGGGUUGUUUGACAAAAAUGGUGCAUUAACGAGACACCUCCUAAACGCUUUUACAGAUGGUGUUGUAAACAUCAUCCUGGAUGGUGAAAUGAUUACCUGGGACCCAGAGCAAGAUGCACCGGUGCCUUUCGGUACACUUAAAACUGCUGCGCUAUCAGAGCAGAGAAAUCCAUUUUCGGCCACGGGACACAGGCCACUGUUUCGAAUAUUUGACAUACUCUAUUUAAAUGACAAAGCAUUGACGAGAUAUACGUUGCAAGACAGGAGAAAAGCCCUUGAAGCGAGUAUAAACCCCGUUCAUCGUCGUUUUGAAAUUCAUACCUAUGAGGUGGGCCAUUCUGCAGCUGAUAUAGAACCUCAACUCCGCAAAGUAGUCGCCGAAGCAUCCGAGGGGCUCGUUCUAAAAAAUCCAAAUUCGCCUUAUCGACUAAACGAGCGACAUGAUGAUUGGAUGAAAGUGAAGCCUGAUUAUAUGACAGAAUUCGGUGAGUCGCUAGACUGUGUUGUUGUGGGUGGCUACUUCGGGUCGGGGAAAAGAGGUGGCGCUUUGGCGACAUUCCUCUGUGGCCUGAGAGUCGACGAAAGCCAGGUACGGCAAGGCGCAAAUCCAAUGAAAUGCUACUCAUUUUGCAAGGUGGGCGGGGGGUUUACAGCCGCUGAUUAUGCGAAUAUUCGUCAUCAUACUGAUGGUAAAUGGAAAGAUUGGGACUCUAAAAACCCUCCAAAGGAGUUUCUCGAGCUGGCUGGCGGUGACGCACAGUAUGAACGCCCUGAUGUAUGGAUUAGACCUGAUGAUUCUGUCGUUUUAUGUGUAAAAGCAGCAGCAGUCACCCCAAGCGAUCAGUUUCGCUUGGGCCUGACAGUUCGAUUUCCUCGGUUCAAACGUCUACGAAUGGAUAAAGACUGGCGUAGUGCUUUAUCUAUUCAAGAAUUCAUGGACUUAAAAGCAAAUGCUGAACGAGAGCAACAAGAAAAGGAGUUUCGAAUUGAUAACUCUCGCAGAAAACGCCCCAAAAGAGCAACAAAAAAACCACUUAUCAUUGCCGGUUAUGUUGAAGAUGAACUGGCCACAUACAGUGGACCCUCAGGCCAUGUUUUUGACAGAAUGAACUUUUUUGUAAUGACAGAUGCCCUUGAGCCAAAAAAAGUGCCAAAAGUCGAACUCGAGCAGCUAAUUAAAGCAAAUGGCGGGAAAAUUUACCAAACCAACACUGCAGCACCCAAUACAGUUUGUAUUGCAGAAAGAAGAACAGUUAAAGUGGCUUCUGUGCAAAAAACGGCAAAAGAAAAUAUAAUUCGCCCGUUGUGGCUGUUUGACUGCCUCAAACAGAACGAGGUGGACAGGGGAUUACCCGAUUUAUUGAUGCCGUUAGAGCCGAGGCAUAUGUAUUAUAUAUUAAAAGACCGAGAGCAGGAGGUAGCCGAAAAUGUCGAUAGGUUUUUGGACAGCUACGCCCGAGAUACUUCAACGCCCGAGCUCAAAAAGCUCCUGGAUUCAAUGCCUCGUCUCAAGAACCCUUCAACAGACCGCAGCUCGAAACUUGAGGAUCAAGUCAAGUCUCGAUUCGGUCUGGAAAUUUCGUCCCAUGAAUUGCCAUGUUGGCUUUUCCAAAAUUGUGUCCUUUUUUUUUCAAAAUACAAUUUAGCAACAGCGUCCGCCCCCUUACUUGACAUACAGCUCGCACUUAAUCUUACGAGGUUUGCAGGGGCUGUCACAGCAGAAAGAUUGGAGGAUAGCGCCGUCACCCACGUUGUCACUGAUCAUCGUACAACUUCAAGAGACAUAUCCUCAUUACGGUCAACAAUAUCGAAGAAGGUAGGAAAUCGGAUACCCCAUCUUGUAACAAUCGAUUGGGUAAAUGAAAGCUGGAAGGAGAAGACCCUGCUAGACGAGCAGCGCUGA